AUGGCUGUUGGAAAGAACAAGCGCUUGUCGAAGGGCAAGAAGGGUAUCAAGAAGAGGACCGUCGACCCUUUUACCAGAAAGGAUGAAUACUCCGUAAAGGCUCCCUCUACCUUCCAGGUCCGAGACGUCGGAAAGACCAUCGUCAACCGCACCAGCGGUCUGAAGAACGCGAACGAUUCGCUCAAGGGCCGUAUUUUCGAAGUCUCUCUUGCGGAUCUCCAGAACGAUGAGGACCACGCCUUCCGCAAGGUCAAGCUCCGCGUCGACGAAAUCCAAGGCAAGAACUGUCUUACCAACUUCCACGGUCUCGACUUUACCACCGACAAGCUGCGAUCCCUUGUGCGGAAAUGGCAGUCCCUCAUCGAGGCCAACGUUACCGUCAAGACCACCGAUGACUAUCUUCUGCGCCUAUUCGCCAUCGCCUUCACCAAGAGACGCCCCAACCAGAUCAAGAAGACCACAUAUGCUCGCUCUUCUCAGAUCCGCGCCAUUCGGAAGAAGAUGACCGAAAUCAUGCAACGCGAGGCCGCCAGCUGCUCCCUCGCUCAACUUACAACAAAACUUAUCCCCGAGGUCAUCGGCCGCGAGAUCGAGAAGGCGACUCAGGGAAUUUACCCUCUGCAGCAUGUCCACAUUCGCAAGGUUAAGCUUCUCAAGGCCCCCAAGUUUGAUCUUGGUGCGCUGCUGAACCUUCAUGGCGAGUCAACGACCGAUGACAAGGGUCAGAAGGUUGAGCGCGAGUUCAAGGAGCAGGUCUUGGAGACUGUUUAA